AUUUAAGAAGGCGUAUUAGAAUUUCAAAAUCCCGGAAACUACAUAGUACAUACGCUCCGCCAUCUCUCUCGCUCUUUCUCUCUCCUCAUACCCCAAUUCAAUUUGAGUUGCAGUGAGCUUCUUCCUCAUCAAUCACCAUUUUUCCACCUUUACUUUUCUCUCACUCUUCAAAAAUGUUGAUCAUCAUUCACAACUUUUAAAACCACAAACUCAAUUAUUCUCUCUCCUCCCCCUUCAAUGGCGACGGCGGCAUUCAAGUCGACGUCGAGAAGAACCUCAAUCGGAGGAGACGCCAAUUCAAGCAGCAGCAGCAGCAGCACACAGAACUCUCACCGGCGUUCACGGAGCGUUAGCCGCUUUUCUCACCGGAUUCCGGCAGAAAUCUUGCCGGAGGAACCACCGUCAGCGAGUCGCAGGGGUAAAUUCGUAAAUACAGUAAGAGGUUCCGGAGUUCUUCCCGAAAUUAGCCUCGAUGAUCUCGCCAUUCAGAUGUUUUCGUCUAGUGAUUUUGGUGAAAGAGGACGAACGACGACUUCUUCUGAGGUUUCUUCGGCGAAUAUUGAUGUCGAUAAUACGGCGUCGUAUCGCCGAGGGAGGUCAGUUUCAAGGCGUGGGUCAAAGGUUGGUGAAUUAAGGAGUAAUAAUUUUGGUGACAAAGUUGGAGUUUCUGGUGCUGCUUCUAGAAGGAGGAGGUCACUUUCUGUGACUCCUAAAUACCAAAUUAGCGAUUCUGAGAAUGAACACAUUCAGAAAAACAGAAGUCAUGUCAAGCCCAAAGAACUAAACAUUUGGAGCAAACAAAAACCUUUGAUGCAGUCAACAUCUUCUAAUCAGCAAAAAGGAUUACGGAGGUGCUCUAGCCAGAAAGAUUUCUUGAAGUCAUAUGAUGGUUACUCUAGCUAUUCCUCCACGUUAACUGAUGAUGAAGGGAAUGAUGCUUGUUACAAUUCUAACCGAAGAACAAAGGAAAUGCAAAUACAAGCUGCACCUGGACUAAAUAAGGUUAAGGUUGAGAAGCAACUGUCAAAAACUGCUAGUAAUAAUGGUCUGCAAUCAGCAGAUUCUGAUGUUCUUAAGGCUGUUUCGACUAUAAGAAGGAAUUACAAGACAAAACUUGAAGAGUCUGAAAAGCGUAAACAAGAACUCCUUGCUGAAAUAAUGUUGGAGGAGGAACGUGGUAAGGAGCUUAAAAAAAUUGUUGUGGAACUACUUCCUAACGCGAAGAGCAUUCCUGUUAAAAGAGCUGCAAGAGGAAGAAAGAGAAGCACUGAUAGAAACAAAAUGUCUAUGCAAUUAGUAGAAGACGCGGAUAAAAUUAUUGAAGAGUUCAUUUCUAGUGUUGAAGAGACAGAUAUCUCUUCAUUUGACGGUGAAAGGAGCGAUACCAGUUCUGUUUUUGGAGGAGCAAUAAAGCCAAUGCUGCAAUUUGGAGAUACAGAAUCUUUCAAAAGUUCACUGAGAUCGGAUUUGCUUCCUGGUGAAAUGGACGGGGUUGUUCUUCCUUGGUUGAAGUGGGAGACUGGCAAUGAUGGCACUCCUCUAUUGGGGAAUGAUAAUAAGGAACAUCCUACAACUCCAAAAACCGUUCUUCAGGACACACGGAAGAUGACUGCCGAGGUAGCACAAGAGCAAAGCUCUAUAUCGAAAAGUAGCCAUGGGAGUUGGAGUCCUGGAGUUGUUGAUAGCUUCUCUCUGGAUGCAGGAGAGGUUGAGAGCUGCAAAAGUCAACUCUUAUCUCAAGUGCCCAGAAGGUCGCGGGUGGACAUAGAGAAAUAUCUAAAACUUCCAAGCAACGAGGCUUUGCUUUCAGAAAGAUGGAAACAACGGGAAAGUAUCAACACAGGUGGUCUCCUGAUUUGUUACAGUGGCUCUGUAGGAGAAUUUCUUUUUUGAAAGAUUGUAGCAAUCGAUCCCAUUUUAGGUGCAUUGGUCAUUAGCACACACCUCUGUCAAUUCUCACUCAGUGCAAAUUUCUGAGACUUUGUAUUUAGACUAAGGUCUCGCUUGUUUCGCUUUACUUGCCUAGGUGGAGAUAUCUUGCAGCAAUUAUGUAUUGUCUCCGCACUGAGCUGCUGUACAAAGUACUGUCGCUACUAGCAUUUAAUACUACUAGAUGCAGUUUCAUAGUUUUA